UCGGAUUUAAACAAUUCGUAAUAUAUAAUCAGAUAGAUAUAAAAUGCACACAUUAAAUUGUGUAGACAAACGAUAAGUGUUAGUGCAUAUAAACAAUCAUGGCGGGUUUUGGAAGACUUGUUUCUCCUGGUUCCUAUAAUCAUUUUUUAAAUGCAAGAUGUUUGUUAACAGGCUCUUAUCAAUUUAUAUCAACAAAAGCAAUAAAACAAUUAGAAAAUGAAUUUUUUCCGAAUAAACCGAAAAAACCAUUAACACCAUUUUUUAAAUAUAUGAAAAUAAUGAGACCAAGCAUUGUCAAUAAAUUUCCAGGAUAUAAAUCUAGUGAUAUUGUAAAAGAGUUAUCUGCAAGGUGGGCUUUAGAAGACCCAGAAUAUAAAUUUAAAUUAAAUAAAGAAUAUGAUACAGAAUACAAAGAAUAUAUGGUGAAAUUAAUAGAGUUUGAAAAAACAAUUACUCCAGAACAAAGAGAAAAUUAUAUGAACAUAAAAAAUAAUAUAAUUAAAAAGAAAGAAUGCAAAGAAGAUGUUACAUUACUUGGGAAACCAAAAAGACCACCUUCUGCUUUUAUAUUAUAUAUGCUCAACCAACUGAAAGUACAAAAAUCUAUUAUUAAAAAUAAGGAAUAUUUGAAACAGCUAAGUAUUCAAUGGAAUGCUAUGAACGAACGAGAUAAACAACAAUUUAUAGAUCAAGCAGGGAAAUUAAUGGAUCAAUAUAAUAAAGAGAAAAUAGAAUGGAUUCAAAAUAAGAUAAAGGAGAGUCGUAAAAGUGAUGAACAGUUUUCUGAGAUUCAAAAUAAAAAUAAAAAUAAAAAUAUAUAGGAAAUAAUGUGCCCCAGCCAAUCUCAUAAAAAAAUUAUUAAUACCACAUUAAUUCCUAUAGAAGUAUUUAAUAAUAACAUUGUGGGUUGGGGCACAGAGAUUCCUGAUUCUUCAAUAGAUAUUGCAACUUACAAAUAUUUUAUUGGACAAAACUCAAUAAUUUAUAAAUAUCUUUUGAAACAUUCUCAGCUUCAUCAUAAUCUGUAUUUUAUUUCGACUUAUAUGGUUAAAUCCAAUGUUAUUAAAAAUGAUUUAAAAACUCA